UAAGUUUUUAUUUAGUGUUGUUAAAAAUCUGAACUUCAAUUCCUUCCAAUUAGACUUUGAGGUCAGAUAACUUUUUUAGAUGAACAAUAUUAUUGUUUUUGCACCACAAACAUGAUCAAAGUCUAUUCCAUCAAAGUGUGCUAAGACAUCGUCCUUGAAAAUAAAGCUAAACCACCCCCAUUUCUUAACCUGGCUCAGACUCUUUACAACUUUUAUGUACUAGCUCAAAAUGUGAAGGCGAUAAAUCCUUGAAACACGUUAUAUAAUAUUUGGACAACCUGUAAAAAUAACAGUCACCCGAAUCUAAUCGCUUUUGUUUCCUUGGGUUACAGUUGGAAGUAACAUGAAAAGGAGCUCUUGUCGUUUUAUCGCCAACUGUAUCUAUAAAUUUACGUGUACCUGCCAAAGCAGCUACAUCGGCCGAACUGAUAGGAGAGCAUAUCUUAGAUUUUUUGAACAUGUUCCAAAAAGUCUUAGAACAAGUGAAGGAAAGACUGAAUAGUGCAAUCAUCAAACAUCUCCUUGAUACAGGACAUCAGGUAGAUACCUAACAAUCCUUUAGGGUGAUUAGUAAGCAGCCAAACUCCAGUCUUCUGAAGUUUGCUGAAGCCGUUGCCAUCAGACGUCAAAAACCUGACCUAUGUGUUCAAAAGGAGACGGUUGGUGACAAAUAUUCUGUCGCUGCACCUUAAAAUUUUCUUCUUUUGUAUUUAUUACGUCAUUGAUUUUAUUUUUUAAUUUUUUAACUAUCUUUAAAAUUAAUGAUCUUUCAAAUGAACUCUACUCACUAUAUUUCUAUCAAUGUUUAUUCAUCGUGUAACCAACUGUUUCUAACCCCUUUUGAACUGUUAUCACAAUUAAUGCUGUAGAAUAUUCGUUCACAUUAGGUAUAUAUUUACAGUAUUCAGUCUGUUAAUUUCAUUUACACCUAUGAUAUACUUUACGAAUAUGUCUUCAAUAUAACUUCCAAACAAACCCUCCCAUGUUGUAAGCGGCUGACGAGAACCUACGAAAUAAACUGAAUUCAUGCUAUUCUGCUAGAAUCUUUGUUCUUGCUCUUUUCAAAAUGAUAAAGGAAACUAUGUGUAUGAAAUAAUUUGUUACCAAUAGUUGAUAUUAUCCAUGUUCACUGUUUUUAACUGAAGCAUUAAAAUGGAAUACUUGGGCAUCAAUAGUUAUGCUGCUUUUCCUGACUGGUCUUAUUACUGUUACCGGUGGAUUAGCAGCUGUUCUAUAUACAGAUACACUACAGUUUUUCGUGAUGAUAAUUGGUGCUUUAAUAUUAGCGAUAAUAAGCUACAUAAAUGUUGGAGGCUUUAGUGGUGUCCUUUCUUCUUAUGGUCAUGCUAUAGCCCCGAUAAAUAUCUCAUCAAGUACAGAUUCAGACAUAAUAAUCAGUUUGGCGAAUGUUCUUAACACAACAAAUUAUACUUCACUAACUCAAUUGGCAAGUUCACCAGAUGUCCCUUCUAGUUUGAGAUGUAGUCUACCACCUGAAAAUGCAUUUGUAUUAUUACGUGGAAUUGAUGAUCCUGAUAUGCCAUGGCUUGGGUUUUUACUUGGUCAAACACCUGCAUCUAUAUGGUAUUGGUGUACUGAUCAGAUGAUGGUACAACGUGUUUUAGCUGCAAAAAGUUUAUCACAUGCUCAAGGUGCCACAUUAAUGGCCGGUCUUAUUAAACAGUUACCUUUAUUUUUAAUUGUAAUACCUGGAAUGAUAAGUCGAAUAUUGUUUCCAGAUGUGAUUGGUUGUAAACCUGGACCAGAUUGUUAUCGAAUAUGCGGACAAAAAAGUGGAUGUUCAAAUUUAGCCUAUCCGAAACUUGUAAUUAAUAUUAUGCCAUCAGGUCUUAGAGGCCUUAUGUUGGCCGUGAUGUUAGCUGCAUUAAUUUCUGAUCUAACUUCGAUUUUCAAUUCUGCUAGUACGUUGUUUACAGUUGACGUUUAUUUGAAAAUUAGGAAAAAAGCAAAGAAUAUGGAGAUAAUGGUUGUAAGUCGAAUAUUUAUAAUUAUAUUAAUAUUAUUGAGUAUUGCAUGGAUUCCUGUCAUUCAAGAAUUACAAGGCAGUCAAUUAUUUAUUUAUAUUCAAGCUAUUUCAGCUUAUCUUGCUCCACCUGUAGCUUCAGUUUACUUAUGCGCUGUUUUAAUUAAACGAACUACAGAAAAGGGAGCAUUUUAUGGAUUAAUGUAUGGUUUAAUUAUUGGUUUAAUACGAAUAAUAUUAACUAUUAUAUAUCAUGAACCAAUAUGUGGUGAAUAUGAUCAUAGACCAUGGUUUAUUAAAAAUAUACAUUAUAUGUAUUUUGCAUUAUUUUCAUUUAUAACAUGUGGUAUUAUUGUAUGUUUAUUAUCAUUAAAUGAAAAACAAUUAACUAAUGAACAAUUACAACAUUUAACUUAUUGGACUGCAUGGGAUAAAUCCAUUAAUCAUUCAUUAUAUAAUAAUAGAACAUUACAUAAUCAUAUUUCAUCUAAUGAAAUGAUUCGUAAUAAUAUAGAGAAUGUGAUGAGUGAGAAUGAUGUUAAUAUGAUUAAUAAUGUUCAUUAUCAUCAAUAUGAAAAUAAUGAAAUCAUUAAUAAAAGAGAAAUAUCAUCAACUUCUGAAUGUCAACAACAACAACAACAACAGCAAAAAGAAUUUGUAAAUAAUCAAACUAUGGAAGAUCAUGAUUUACCAGAUAAAAAAACACCCCAAACUUCAUCAUCAUCAGAUUGGUAUAAAAUUAUGAAAAAUAUAUGUUUAUGGUUCUGCGGUUGUGCUGAUCAUCCAUGUUCUAAUAUAGAACGUAAUCAUUGUUGUUGUUUAAAAUUAUGUCAUAAUUUCACAACUCAUAUACAUCCAAAUCAUAAGAAAAUUUAUGUCAUCACAUCAAGUGAUGUUAAUAUAGCUGAUAAUGAGAAGAAAUUUGGCAACUUAGUAUUGGAAGAUGAUAAUAAUUUCGAUUCAGAAGAACAUUAUGCAAAGAUUACUUCAUUAAAACAAGAUCCAAAUGUAAAAUUAGGUUUGUAUAUUGGUUUAUUAUUCAUUAUUAUUUUAUCUAUAUUUGGUUUUAUAUUUUUUUCUAUUUAUUUUGGUUCUAUAUCAGUUGGUCCAUUACCUAUUUCUAUUGAUAAGAUGAUGAUAAAUGAUACAAUAAAAAAUGCUAUAAAAUCAUUAGAAACUCAUGGAUUAAUUACAAUACAAUGAAGAGAUCUUCUUAUGUUUUCAUUCUUUUAUGAGUACGAAUACUAUUGAAUAGUAUAGUUUAUUAAUAAAAUGUUCGCAGCAAAUUUGAAAUUGAUUAUAGAAAUGUUGUAUCCUUUCUUUUUGCCAUAUUAUACAUAUAUAUAUACAUAUACAU